GACUAGCUAAAGUUGAAAACCCACAACUUAAUUAGCAAAGUAUAGUGAAGCAAGAAAAUGGAUGAAAACAAGAAAGAAAAUGAAUGUGCAGAGCAUGAUGAGGAGAAAUGGGUGUAUGAUUCUUCUCUUGAUUAUAAAGGAAGAAUUCCACUUCGAGCUUCAACUGGUGCAUGGAAGGCUUCUCUCUUCAUUAUAGCAACGGAGUUUAGUGAGAGAUUGAGUUAUUUCGGUCUAGCCGUAAACUUGAUCAUGUACCUAACCAAGGUACUUCACCAAGACCUCAAAACAGCAGCUAAGAGCUGUAACUAUUGGUCCGGUGUCACCACAAUGAUGCCCUUACUUGGAGGCUUUGUCGCCGACGCUUACCUCGGCCGAUUCUCUACCAUCAUCGCCUCCUCCGUUAUCUAUAUAAUGGGCUUACUUCUGUUGACAAUGUCAAGAGUGGUCCCCGGUCUCAGACCCUGGGACGCGGGGUCCACCAACGGGGUCCAUGAAGUCGUUUUCUUUCUCGCAAUAUAUUUGGUAUCGGUGGGCACGGGAGGGCAUAAGCCCUCAUUGGAGAGCUUCGGAGCCGACCAAUUCGACGACGAUCAUCCAAAAGAGAGGAAAAAGAAGAUGUCGUUUUUCAACUGGUGGUGUUUUGGGCUUUGCUGUGGGCUUUUACUCGGUGUGACCGUCAUUGUUUAUAUUCAAGAUCAUGUAGGUUGGGCAGUAGCUGAUAUUAUUCUAACGGCGGUGAUGGUCUCGACUACGGCCAUAAUAUGGAUAGGCCGGCCGUUGUAUCGCUACCGGAAGCCGAUGGGAAGCCCCUUAACGCCGAUGAUGCAGGUGAUUGUAGCAGCAUUUGUUAAGAGGAAUCUACCGUGUCCAUUAGAUUCCGACCAAUUGUACCAUGAGGUCCCUAAAUCGGCUAAGAAUCAAGGGAGUAGGAUUCUUCUUCACACCAAGAAACUAAGGUUUCUGGAUAAAGCCGCGAUCAUCGAAAACGACGACAUUUCAAAGGAAAAUCCAUGGCGUCUAUCAGCAGUAACAAAAGUGGAAGAGUUGAAGCUGAUCAUCAACAUGAUCCCAAUAUGGAUGACGACUCUCCCCUUCGGGAUCUGCGUCGCCCAAUCCUCCACAUUCUUCGUGAAGCAGAGCACCACCCUCAACCGCACCCUCGUCGCCGAUUUCAUGAUCCCGCCAGCCUCCGUCUACGGCUUCGCGGCCAUCAGCCUCGUCGUCUGCAUCUCGAUCUACGACAGGCUCCUCGUCCCCUUCCUACGCCGCCUCACUGGUAACGAAAGGGGCAUCGACAUCCUACAGAGGAUCGGCAUCGGCAUGGUCUUCUCCGUCGCGACGAUGAUGGUCGCCGCCUUGGUCGAGAGGAGGCGGCUCGGCAUCGUGAGCAGCAGCCCCGCCAGGAAUUCACAGUCGAUGAGCGUGUUCUGGCUGGCGCCGCAGUAUGUGAUCAUCGCCGUGGGAGACUGCUUCACUCUGGUGGGGUUGCAGGAGUAUUUCUAUGACCAAGUGCCGGACUCGAUGAGGAGUUUAGGGAUAGCUUUUUAUCUGAGUGUGUUAGGGGCGUCAAGCUUCCUUAGCAGCCUCUUAAUAACAUUGGUGGAUCAUGUGACGGAGAGGGGCGGCCGGAGCUGGUUCGGGAAGGACCUAAACAGUAGUCGGCUCGACUAUUUCUACUGGCUCCUCGCCGGGAUCACAGCCGGGAAUCUGUUUAUCUAUUCCUUUAUAGCCCGGAGAUAUUCCUACAAGAAUGUGACCAAAACCACCACCGUCGCCGUUGCUGAUUGCUACCAAGCUACUAUGCCUUAGUAUUAUUGCUGCACUUAUACAUAUCUACUCUUUUAGUAUACACUUAUAUCAUUAUAUGCAUAAUAUACUCCUAGUAUGUAGUUAUUGGUUUACAACAGGGCCAGGCUACUCACAUCUCUCUCUCUUCCGAUUUUGCAUAUAUAUAGCACGCAAUUUUUAAAAUAUUUUCAGAACAUAAAUGGUACUUGA